GGAGAAGAGUUGAAAACAUUUCAGGGACACGUUUUUCCCUUACACCGCUUCAACCAAACCGGUGUCGCUGUAAAUCCUGUCCAGCUAUUAAUAAUUUUUCACGUGUUUGUUUGGAAUAUUUUGUUUAUCUCAAAUAAUGUUAUUACGAUAUGUGACCGUCAUACCACGGCAAUGUUCCAUUAUUCAAAGGACCAUUCAUAUGUCCUCCAAGACCUGUCGUCCAAUGGUUCCCAUUGUGAUUGAAUCAACAGGAAGAGGGGAAAGAGCUUACGACAUUUUCUCCAGACUCUUGAAAGAAAGAAUUAUCUGCAUUAUGGGACCAGUCACGGAUGAUUUAUCCAGUCUUGUUGUGGCACAACUUCUUUUCUUGCAGUCUGAGAGUAGCAAGAAAGCCAUUCACAUGUACAUCAACAGCCCAGGUGGCUCAGUGACCGCUGGUCUUGGUAUUUAUGACACAAUGCAGUAUGUGCAGCCGCCUAUCGCCACGUGGUGCGUUGGUCAGGCCUGUAGCAUGGCAUCACUGCUUUUGUCGGCAGGAACACCAGGAAUGAGGCAUUCAUUGCCAAAUUCUAGAAUUAUGAUUCAUCAACCUUCAGGACAAGUUGGGGGUAAAGCUACAGAUAUAAUGAUCCAUGCUGAAGAGAUCCUGAAACUAAAGUCACAGCUGAAUAACUUGUAUGUAAAACACACCAAACAGCCAUUGGAAAACAUUGAGAAAAAUAUGGAAUCAGAUAAAUUCAUGAGUCCAAAUGAGGCAUUGGAAUUUGGUCUUAUUGAUAGUGUUCUUGAACAUCCACCAGCAUAGGAGAAGAGAAAUCUCCUAGCAAAUCUUAGCAUCCUCUCCUUUCUUGAUUUUUAAAAAUAUCUAAGAAAAGUAAAUAUAUUUUUUAUUUCAUCAAAACAAAGGACAAAUUUUGUAUUGUGCUUUUUGAUUUUUUUUUUUUGAUUUAGAUUAAAUAAAUUGUUUUUCUAAUUGUAA